CCUACACCUAGCUCUCUGCAAAGACGAUUAAAUCCCACCAUACGUACACCGUCCUAGAAUGGCACUAGCACCUGGCUCAGAGACUCAGCAUAAGUUCCCGCUUUUCUCCCUCGGGUUGGAUGUGUGGUAUAUUGUGCUUGACUUCCUCCGUGAGGAACCCGACCCGAAAGAUGACGAGUACGAGUACGAGGAAGAAGACCCUGAUAGUGACUGGAAACCCAAGAACAUAGCCCGGAGUCUACCAUACCUUCCUGACCUCAUAAACCUGAGUAGUACGUGCACAUGGUUGCGGCAUAUCCUUGCUCCGAGCAUAUUCUCCAAUCUCGAACUAAAUAAUACGGCCAAAAGCGCCCGGUCAAUCACCGCGAUUAGCCAGGGGAGGCAUGCUUCAUGUGUCAAGACGCUGCGGUACAUUGGUAUCUGUGAGACGAAUCAGCAGAGCUCACCAUUGGAGGAGGUGUACCCCCAAGAGGUCGACCAAGUGCUGUCUAAUCUACACAUGUUUAGCAGCCUUGACAAACUCACGAUUGAGUUUCCCUUUGACUACGAGUCUGACCUGUUGAUGGACUACCUUCAAAGUGAUAUAUUUCAACCGGAUGAUGCUCCAUCGGAGGAGAGCGAAAAUACCUGGCGAGCGCUGAUGGCAGCGAGCUUUCGUGCAAUUGUAUCCAAUUACAUCGAUCCCUCGCCCAAUCAUCAACUUCCCCUAUCCAUCGAAUUCCGCGAUCUGAACAUCUUCAUGGUGUCGGUUUUCACAACCGAAGCAUUCCAGUCUUUUCUGUCACAGCUCAAGACCUUCAAUCUCUCCCUAAGACGUUGGGAUAACGGGGUUGGCUGGACCAUGAUUACCCAACCCAUCUUCCGCGACUUUUCGCACUACCUAGGGCCUUUCUUCUUCGACUACCUUGCUGCGGUGGAAGAAUUCUCCUUUGACCCCCGCGAAACGGGAACGCUCGGAAACGGAGGGCAAGCGUACUGGGAGGAUAUCGGCCUGAGAGAUAUUACAUUACCAAGGCUACGGAAACUCACCCUGAACAACAUUAUUAUCUGUCUCGAGCUACGCGACUUCCUUGUUCGACACAAGACCACGUUGGAGUCUAUCACAGUCCGCGACUGUUUUGCAAGUGGCGAGCGGCCAUCGGCAUAUAACGAACGGAUCGAAUGGCGAGAGCUAUUCACGACUCUCGCAGAAGCGCCUUUCCCACGGCUUACGAAUUUUCAAGUCACUUGGACCGACAGUUUACUGAAAUUGCUUGACCUUGAUAAUCCGUGGGCUGAUCCAAGUGUGGUCCAGCGCGUACGCGAUAAGCUUGAAAGGGAUCCCGACGCAAGAGUAUUUCCAUCUUGUGAGGUGGAUCAAAAGUAUGGCGUGAGAUAUUGUGACGGUACAGCCAUCCAAGCCGCCUUUCUAGAUGGAGCAGACCACCAGAGCUAUGAGGACCUUAUGGCCAUGGUUCAACAGAAUAGCGCGCAUGGCAGGCGACUAAGCAACGAGUAAUAGGGCUCCACAUCGGGUCGUGUGUUUUGCCGUAUGAGAUAGGAGGGCGUUCCAAGCGGCUCUUU